AUGGAGCUGGACCAAUCAGAGAUGAGCAUCUUGGGAUGCUCACCCAAUGGGAAAGGUCACAACCUAGGAGAUGACACGUAUGUGACCGUUUCCUUCUCCUGUCCUUUCUUUUCUCAACACCGACCUCUAUUAUUGUUGUUACAGUAUUGUAUUGUUCAACAACCACCACAACUAUUUAAAAAAAGAUUUGCCUUCCAUAUCUCUCUGAUGAGCAGCGGAGAAUGUCCAUACACUUGUCUCAAAACAAUGACUUUAGUUCCAUAUUUCACCUGAUUGGGGUGGCAGGUAGCCGAGAGGUUAGAGCAUUGGUCCAGUUACCCAAAGUACUUCUGUGGCUGACCCUGUAAAACAACACCUUUCACUGCACCUAUCAGGUGUAUGUGACAGUAAAACAUAUAUAUAUUUUCCUUGGUGCCUCUACUGCAUACCACAGAAACAUUACAUUGUAUAUUCCAUUCCAAUUGUUUUUGAAGGAAUGCUUUGAUAUUGCUAUCACAUAAGGGUGGUGACAUUAAUUUUGCCCACUGCAUACAGUGUUACAGUAUGUGAAUGUGCCAUGUGUUGCUGUCAAUGCAGUGUGUUUCUAAAAGACAGUAUAUUCAUCCACAUUAUUAACCAAAAAAUUCAGAGACACUGUCUGUAUCCCAAAUGGCACCCUAUUCCCUACAUAGUGUGCUACUUUCCCUAUAGGCCCUGGUCAAAAGUAGUGCACUAUAAAAUGACCUCAUAAAACUCUGUUUCAAUUUCCUCCAUUGCAAAUUGUGUUUGCUUGUCCUGUCCUCCUUGUGCUAAGUGUAUGACAUUUGUAAUGAGUAUAAAGUGUUUAUAGGGCGUGAAUGACGUCUGAACAGACAAUAUAGCUGAUUUCCUGAGUGGUGUUUGUGUUUCUAAGUGCAUGUUUGCCUUGUUUUUGUCCUACCGUCACCCCGUGGAUGCUCUGUUUGCCACACAGAAAUGGUACUCAAAAUGUCAGGUAGGUUUCUACUUUCUAUACACAGUCACAUAGACAAGCUCUAUCUGGUAGGCCUACUGACUAUUUCAAAUCAGUAUUCACAAACAAUCCUUUAAGUGAAGCAUUUUUAACACUGUUUUAACAAUAUACUCUGUCCUGUCUGUGUAGCUUGUAUCCCCAUUUUAAGCUGCAGGUUUUUGGAGACUUUCGAUUGUAACAACGUUUUCUGUUUCAUCCAGGUUUGAUGAUCCUGAUGACAUCCUGGAGAAUGAGGAGUUUCUGCCCAACGGAGAUGGGAGGAAACCAAUGCGCUUCACAGAUGUGAGUGUAGCUGACUUUAUUACCUCUGCAUGUACCACAACUCAAACAUCAUUACUGUUGACCAUAGGGGUCUGGUCAAAAUAAGUGCACUAAUAGGGAAUAGGGUGUCAUUUGGAAUGAUUGGAAUCUGAUGACACAUUCCGCUUGUCACAUUGCACUAGACAAGAGCAUGAGUUUCUAAAUGUAAGAAGAGCAGCCAUUUUCUGCUUUACCUCAUUAUUGAAUGAACUGAAUCUGAAAUUGUUGUAUUUGUUUUGAUCAGUUUGAGGGAAAGACGUCUUUCGGCAUGUCUGUGUUCAACCUGGGGAAUGCUAUCAUGGGCAGUGGAAUUCUGGGACUGGCUUAUGCCAUGGCCAACACUGGCAUCCUCCUCUUCCUGUAAGUCAAACCGUCAGCGAUACAUCACUGUACUGUGAGUCGCUCUGAAUAAGAGUGUCUGUUAAACAGUGGAGGCUGGUGGGAGGAGCUAUAGGAGGAAGGGCUCAUUUUAAUGGCUGGAAUGGAAUAAAUGGAACGGUAUCAAACACAUCAAACAUAUGGAAACCAUGUUUGGCUCCGUUCCAUUCAUUUCAUUCCAGCCAUUACAAUGAGCCCAUCCUCCUAUAGCUCCUCCCCCCAGCCUCCACUGCUGUUAAAUGACCAAAAUGUAAUGUAAAUGUAAUACAAAUGUAAUGUCUAGUCCUGCCUCUUGCUUCUUAACUGUCUCCUAGUCUCUCCUUUCCCCAGGUGGCUUAGUGUUUCUUUCUUCAUGUCAUAAAACCCUGAAACCGCAAAACGAUACACUUGCAUAGCACUGACUUUCAAGUCAGUGACACACUGAGCACAGACACGGUAGGAGUCACUCAUUAGCUAUUGGUCUGUUGCUAGUUGCACUGCCUCUGCCAGCUUGUUGUGGUGUGAUAUCCCUUUGCCUAAGCAGAGAGCCAGGGGAGAACAUGCUCCCCAGUCCCAGUGAUAGCCUUUAGGCUGCACAUGGAGUCCACAUAGUGGAAAGGGCCGGAGUGGGGGUUGAAAAUAGCCACAACCUUCGCUUGCAGAAGGGAGCUGGGACGACCAGAAAUGCUAUCUGCCCAGAGCCCCAGCCUGCCUGCCUCAAGAGGGGUGCUGGGCCAGGAUGGGGUGAGAAGGGGCCAGGGUGGGGCUGUAGGCUGGGUGGGGGUCUGUGGUGACACGAUCCACACUAUCCCCUCCCUCCCAUCCUCCCCCAUUGCUCCAACCCUUGUUCCCGCCCCUGUGGACACAAAUAGGCCCCAGAAAGGCCACAGCCCAGAAUAGCCCCGCCUCCCAGUCCCCAUGCCACUGGCCCCCUCUGUAGCGCUGGACAUUUCCACUCCCCUCCCUCCUCCCUCGGUCCCUCUGUCCAUCUCAUGGAAACAUAGAGUCCCCCCCCCCAUCCAUGUGACUCCGUGUUGGUUUGUAUAGCUGCAGAGAGCAGGACUUAGGGCAGGGACAGGAACAGGGACAGUCUUCAUUCACAACUCUGCAUGGGAACACAACCCAUUCUAUGGAUUCUAAAGAGUUUCUCCUCUAAAGAUGGAGUCAACAGCAGAACCCUUCUUUAGAGCUCACAGUCACCUGCAGUUAGGCUACAGGAUGGAACACAUCAUCAUCAUCACCAUCGCCAUGGUGAUCGUUGUCAUCUUUGUUGCGAAUUUUGUCCCAAUAACAUGGUGCUCAUUCUGAACAUAUGCUUUUCCACAAAGACAGAUGUCAAAGACUAAUGUCAAACAAGGUCACCUUUGAGAUAUUAUGGUGAAUGAAGGAACCCUUCGACCUGUCUUCAUAAAGGCUUUCUGUUUUAUUAACCUACUAGGAAUUGUUUUAGUAAGAUUGCGGCAAAGACAAACCUAUUGUUUAAGUCUCUAAUGUAGCUUUUAUGAAAGAAAUCCCAUUAAACAGAGGCAUUUCUCUGGCUUUGUGACUUCAGGUUAUUGUACAGGGGAGGAUGGGUUCAACAGCUUCAGAUAGAUGUAUUUGUUAGAUGUAGGAAUCAAUUCACAUGGAUUUGUUUGUCUGUGUAUUCUAAGUAUAUUAUUACUGACUUUGGACUCAAAGACAUGUCUUCUGGUAAAAGUAAGCCAAGUCUAGAUUCCUGUAGCAAACAAAAUGUGAUCAAAUUCCAAGUCAUUGUUCCAAGUCCUAUCUUUUCCCAUGAAAAAACUGAUUUGUGGCAUUGUGGGUGUGACGGACACAGAACCUUCUUUGUGUCUCAAUGGUAACCUACUGUAACUCAAGAUAGAAAACCCCAAUUUCUCAAGGGAACAAGAAGACCCACAUAAUUUAGAUGUUUUCUGCCUCCCUCAGCAUAUGGGAGCGGUUUCAGGGCUCCCCCCACGUCCUCUGGGAAUGCCAUACACCUUAGCAGUUCCCAGGGGACGUGGGGGGAAGCCCUGAAACUGCUCCCAUUCCUUGUGCGUGAGUGAUAUGUUAUGAUCUCCCAUGAUGCCUUACUCAGUAUCACUCAGCGUUUCCAUGAUGCCUUACUCAAGUUUCAAGUUUCAAGUUUUAGUCGUAUGUACAGGAUACAAAUGGUAUACACCAGGGUUCUUCAAUUCCGGUCCUGGAGGGCCGAAACACUUCUGUUUUUUAUUUCUACCUGGUAGUUAAUUGCACUCACCUGGUGUCCCAGGUCUGAGUUAGCCCCUGAUUAGAAGGAGAGGAUGAAAAACAGAGGUGUUUCGGCCCUCUAGGACCGGAAUUGAAGAACCCUGGUAUACACCAUCCAACGAAAUGCUUCCUUGCAGGUUCCUUCUGGACAAUGCAACAACAAUAAGAGAUAAAAGAUAAGAACAUAAAGCAAAUGGUUCAGUAGAAUGGAAUAAACAUUGUAGCAUAAGUAUAAUACAGGAAGGCACAAUUUAUAGUCCAGUUAUUUACAUGUGUUUUGUGGAAGGGGGAUGGAGGUGCAAGUCCAGCAUCACUCAGCGUUUCCAUGAUUUCUUAAUCAGCAUCACUCAGCGUUUCCAUGAUUCCUUACUCAGCAUCUCUGUGUUUCCAUGAUUUCUUACUCAGCAUCUCUGUGUUUCCAUGAUUUCUUACUCAGCAUCUCUGUGUUUCCAUGUUUCUUACUCAGCAUUUCCCAUAGCAGUAAGAACAGAGUGGGAAUACAGGUCCUAUAACAUGACAUUUAGACACGAGACCUGAGAACUGCGAUUUCAUGGAGAAAGGAACCAAACCAAACAUUGAGCAACUCAUACUCAAUGCCGUGGUCUCAUUCACCAGCUGUUGUGACUCCUGGCCACAUAGGUCUACAUACCCAAGGCUCUGCUCUUUUGAGUGGUCAGUGGAAUGUCAGGGCUCAACCUCUGUGCCCACACUGACUGUGGCCAGAUGCUAGGAUCCUCACCUCUGCUGUGGCCAGUAGUCAAGGAGCCUCCAUCUGGCCGUAGAGGCCGGACUCUGAGGUCUGGGAAAGGUGAUGGCAUCGGGAGCGCCCUCUGACCCAUCUAGGAAUGCCGAAGGGGUCAGUGUUCUGUAGGCGGACUGCAGCUCUGCUCCACGCUGCCUUUGGCACAGGGGCGUAAGGGGGAGAGGGGUUGUGAGAAACGCUGUUUCUCAGAGUAUUACAACAGACCAGGAUGGCUGGAAGGAGACUUACGUGGUUUAUUAAACCCCCCCCACACCUCGCUCCUACGUUCUUACCCCCAACUUGACUUUCUCAGACUGUUGACAACAUCAUACAGCAUUAGCCUUUUCAUGACAUUGAGAGUCUGCUGAGAAAGCGCUUGCCUUUAUUAACUGUCUGUACUUGAUCCCUGAGAUCACAUGGCUAUAGUUGGACAUUACAGUUGGUGGUUAGCCAGCCAGAGUUGGCUUUGUUCUAGCUGUACCUUUCCACUGUUCAUCCUAGUAAUCCCAUCAUGAUACAAUUAUUGUAUUUCAGUGAAACCUUUAAAUGUUUAUUUUUGGAAUUAUACCCAGGCAGUUGUAAUCUCAAACUGUAAUUUAUUUUGUUAUAUUGGCUCCUAGUCAAGCCACUAAGUGCAGGGCUUGUCGUAGAAAUGUGUGUGUUCGUGCUAUUAUUACAUAUUGUCAGAGACGAGUUGAGGAGUUCACUUCCACAGUCUGUUCUGAGCUUGUUAGUUGCUAUGCUCAACUAAAGACCUUUCACUGCAUUGAAAUUAGGCAAUGAUGUGUUUUAUCAUGUACUCUUUCUUUCUCUCCUCCCAGGUUUCUUCUGACUGCUGUGGCGGCUCUCUCCUCCUACUCCAUUCACCUGCUGCUCAAAUCCUCUGGCAUUGUGGGUAAGCUGACCCUCAUCUUCAAUGGACCUCAUGCCUGAAUGGUGCACGUGUAGCUAUGUAUAGUAAUACAUGCACAUCAUAGUUUGAUCCAGUGGCAACACUCCAAGACGUAGGGGUGUGUCACACUAUUGCUGAACCAUUGAGAGGAGAUGAUGGUACAGCAUAUUUUGGGCUGCUGCAGCGUCCAGUCACAGGGAUAGGGCCAGAUGGAGAAAAAGUGUUGGCUUGCAUAGUUACCGUUUUUAGCAUUUGCAUGUCUUGAUUGUAGCUUGUAUAGAUUAGCUUGGAGAAGUAAUGUGCUAUUACAAUGUAAUGAAUUCCCAAUGGCCCAGCAUUAAGGAUGUGUACAAAUCCUUAUAUAUUGUUGUGUGUUCAUAUUCUGGUAUAGGGGCCUAGUAUGGAAAUAGAGGCCUGGCAUAUUAACCACUGUAGAUUAACCUGUAGAUUCUACACUGACUAUAUAACUAAGUGUUGUUUGACUUACUACCUGGGUGUCCCCCUGUAAAGCUGUGUAAUGAUGAUGUUGCGCAACCCUCUUCCUCUUCCAGGAAUCCGAGCCUAUGAACAGCUAGGCUACAGGGCCUUUGGCACCCCAGGCAAGAUGGCCGCCGGUAUUGCCAUCACUCUACAGAACAUUGGAGGUGAGAGGACACUGUGGUCACUGGUCUAGUUUACCUCAACAACACACAUAUGUGUGUAUUUGUAGUGGUUAUAGUGUUAUGAUGAAUCACAAAGCUCAGCAGCAGUCAGGCAGGCAAACUGUUUGGUCUUCCUGUUCACUUGGAGAUCAGCCCUUCACAUUAACCCCCCCCCCCCCCCCCAUAUUCACAUAGUACUACUAAUACAGCCCUAUCCCUAGCCCUCUCUUUCUCUCUGUGUGUGUCUGUGUGUGUGUAUAUGAUAUGGCAGAGUUUUAGGAGCUAAGGCCAGCUGUCCAGUUGGCAAACAGCUGCUGCCAUGGACGUGGUGGUGUGUUGGCUUUGACAGUGUGCUGGCUGCCUGCCUUCCUACGUGGUCUGAUCCCUAACUUUGACUGACACACAGGCAGCACCAGCCAGUAGCCAUGUUACCAUUGUGUUUCUUACUGCAACAGUAGCAGUGAAGUAUGUCUUAGUACCACAGAGAGAACACAUUACACAAAGUACUGUCUGAGAAUCAUGAAUCAUGUUGUUUCAGGUCGAGGCAAAGAAUUACACAUGGCGAGUAAGAAAAGAAUAGAAAGAGUUUGAGCAUAUUCAGAAUGUAGACAUUAAUUAUUCUAGAUGGACAAUGCAUGGUCACUUAUUCAAUCGGAUGUGAGGGCAAAUGAGGGAAAUACUGCUUAAUAACACGGAUGUGAUGAAAUGAGGACGCAUUAUGAAGAUGAGGAUAUGUUAUGAAAUGCGGGGAAACUUUAAUUUGCUUUGAGUAGCUUUAUGUUAUUGUAAAUCGUUUUAAUAAUUAAUGCCUUUAGGAAAUCUCUUUCCACACUGUGCAGUCUGUGUUCUUUUCUAGACGUCUAUACGUCUUUCUUCAGUCUGUUCUCUUCUAGACGUCUGUACGUCUUUCUUCAGUCUGUGUUCUUUUCUAGACGUCUGUACGUCUAUCUUCAGUCUGUGUUCUUUUCUAGACGUCUGUACGUCUUUCUUCAGUCUGUGUUCUUUUCUAGACGUCUGUACGUCUUUCUUCAGUCUGUGUUCUUUUCUAGACGUCUGUACGGCUUUCUUCAGUCUGUUAUUUUCUAGACGUCUAGACGGCUUUCUUCAGUCUGUUAUUUUCUAGACGUCUAGACGGCUUUCUUCAGUCUGUGUUCUUUUCUAGACGUCUGUACGGCUUUCUUCAGUCUGUGUUCUUUUCUAGACGUCUGUACGGCUUUCUUCAGUCUGUGUUCUUUUCUAGACGUCUGUACGUCUUUCUUCAGUCUGUGUUCUUUUCUAGACGUCUGUACGUCUUUCUUCAGUCUGUGUUCUUUUCUAGACGUCUGUACGUCUUUCUUCAGUCUGUGUUCUUUUCUAGACGUCUGUACGUCUUUCUUCAGUCUGUGUUCUUUUCUAGACGUCUGUACGUCUUUCUUCAGUCUGUGUUCUUUUCUAGACGUCUGUACGUCUUUCUUCAGUCUGUGUUCUUUUCUAGACGUCUGUAUGUCUUUCUUCAGUCUGUGUUCUUUUCUAGACGUCUGUACGUCUUUCUUCAGUCUGUGUUCUUUUCUAGACGUCUGUACGGCUUUCUUCAGUCUGUUAUUUUCUAGACGUCUAGACGGCUUUCUUCAGUCUGUUAUUUUCUAGACGUCUAGACGGCUUUCUUCAGUCUGUGUUCUUUUCUAGACGUCUGUACGGCUUUCUUCAGUCUGUGUUCUUUUCUAGACGUCUGUACGUCUUUCUUCAGUCUGUGUUCUUUUCUAGACGUCUGUACGUCUUUCUUCAGUCUGUGUUCUCUUCUAGACGUCUGUACGUCUUUCUUCAGUCUGUGUUCUUUUCUAGACGUCUGUACGUCUAUCUUCAGUCUGUGUUCUUUUCUAGACGUCUGUACGGCUUUCUUCAGUCUGUUAUUUUCUAGACGUCUAGACGGCUUUCUUCAGUCUGUUAUUUUCUAGACGUCUAGACGGCUUUCUUCAGUCUGUGUUCUUUUCUAGACGUCUGUACGGCUUUCUUCAGUCUGUGUUCUUUUCUAGACGUCUGUACGUCUUUCUUCAGUCUGUGUUCUUUUCUAGACGUCUGUACGUCUUUCUUCAGUCUGUGUUCUCUUCUAGACGUCUGUACGUCUUUCUUCAGUCUGUGUUCUUUUCUAGACGUCUGUACGUCUUUCUUCAGUCUGUGUUCUUUUCUAGACGUCUGUACGGCUUUCUUCAGUCUGUGUUCUUUUCUAGACGUCUGUACGGCUUUCUUCAGUCUGUUAUUUUCUAGACGUCUGUACGGCUUUCUUCAGUCUGUGUUAUUUUCUAGACGUCUGUACGUCUUUCUUCAGUCUGUGUUAUUUUCUAGAUGUCUGUACGUCUUUCUUCAGUCUGUGUUAUUUUCUAGACAUCUGUACGUCUUUCUUUCCCCAGGUGAAUGUGCUAUGUGUUGACUGAGUGAGUCACCCAUAUGUGAAAGUGUUAGCUACAUGUCUUGAUUAAAUGUCACUGACUGUGUCACUCAUAGUUUCUGUCGGUCUCUACUCCUCACAGCCAUGUCCAGCUACCUGUACAUCGUCAAGUCUGAGUUCCCAUUGGUCAUCCAGGCCUUCAGUAGGGCGGACCCCACGUCUGAGUGAGUACUCUUAUUGGUCUAUCCACUAGAUCUAACAUGUCUCUACAUUCCGGGCCCACAGUAGGCAAAUGCUCGCCUGGCAUAGCCUAGUAUACCAGGGGAGAGGUGGGACAGGGGUAGGAGCCUGCUAUUGGCUAGACAGAAUAGAGGGGAUUGUUAGGAAAGGUUAGCACACACCUCUUCCCCCGCCCACAGGUUGUGGUGACAACGCCUCCAAACAGAAGUGUUGUGGUGGUGAUACAGGGGGUGGUGUGUUGGGCGGCCCUGCGGUCCCUGGCUGUCUGAAAUGCUUUUCUGCGCUGCUUCUCCCCUGGCCGGAUCUAAAAACAAACCCUGGACAGGACAGGGAGUGCUGAGAGCUGAGCCCUGUCCUGCUCUACCCAGCCAGGCUGCUUUAGGAAACAUCACAGCUCCCUUCUCUAUUAGCCUGGCCAUAGGGCUCAGCCCUGCAUCAAAGCACACUGGAUCUAGUUGACACGGGGGAGUUGAAUACACGAAAGAAAUGUACAGCAGCGCAGCCAGAAGAGCAGUGAAAAUGACGCAUAUUAAUCUCAAUGGUGUUGGCAUCCUGACGAAGGGAGGUGAGAUGAGACGGCUUCUCCAUCUGUUCUCUGUGCUCUGGCUUAGAGCCCUGUGUGUCAUCCAGCUAGUUGGAUGCUCUGACCACGUGUCUCAGUGGGUUUCUGUGUGUUUCUGUGUGUCCUGUAGCUAAGUGUUGCAAUGUUUUACUGUUGUUAUGUGUGUGUGUUUCAUUUCUGGGAGAGUGCAGGUAUUUCUCCAUAGGGAUCUUAGAGUUCUCUGAAGGCCUGUCAUCACCCUUUGUUGUUGAUGAGGAGGGGUGUGACAGGGUCAGAUUGUGACGCGGGUGUGUGUGUGUUGGGGACAGGAUCAAGCACACACGCACAUUCUCAGGUGACAGCAGACAGCUGUCUGGACUGGGGUGCCAGCCACACUAAAGGACAGGUCAACUCAGGCACAAACACAUAGGCAGGACUCUUUAUGUCCAGACAUCUACACAGCACACACACACACACACACACACACACACACACACACACACACACACACACACACACACACACACACACACACACACACACACACACACACACACACACACACACACACACACACACACACACACACACACACACACACACUUCUUUAGCUCCCUCUCUACAUCCAUGGUCAGUACAUCAUAUUCUCUGGUUUCAGGUGCGUUUAGAUUUGUGGCUUCAGGAGAAGAGGUGGGGGGGGGGGGGGGGGGUUUGUUGGCAGGGGUUUGUUUAAAUAGAGAUGGGCUUACAGUGAUUCAGACAGUGUGUCUGACUGGAUAAGGGCCUGUCACACACACACACACACACACACACUCAGUGAGUGGGUGGGACACAUUCAGCCAGCAGGGAACAGGGAGGUCGGCAUCAGAAGCAUGUACAACACAGAUAAUAGGGCUACAUACAGUUGAAGUUGGAAGUUUACAUACACCUUAGCCAAAUGUUUUUUAAACUCAGUUUCACAAUUCCUGACAUUUAAUCCUAGUAAAUAUUCCCUCUCUUACGUCAGUUAGGAUCACCACUUUAUUUUAAGAAUAUGAAUUGUCAGAAUAUAGUAGAAAUAAUGAUUUAUUUAGCUUUUAUUUCUUUCAUCACAUUCCCAGUGGGUCAGAAGUUUACAUACACUCAAUUAGUAUUUGGUAGCAUGUCCUAACCACUUGCCAAAACUAUAGUUUGUUAACAAGAAAUUUGUGGAGUGGUUGAAAAACGAGUUUUAAUGACUCCAACCUAAAUGUAUGUAAACUUCCGACUUUAACUGUAUGAAGGAAGAGGAAAAUAGAGGGCUACAUAUGAAGGAAGAGGAUAAUAGAGGACUAAAUAUGAAGGAAGAGGAUAGUAGAGGGAUAAAUAUGAAGGAAGAGGAUAAUAGAGGGCUACAUAUGAAGGAAGAGGAUAGUAGAUGGCUACAUAUGAAGGAAGAGGAAAAUAGAGGGCUACAUAUGAAGGAAGAGGAAAAUAGAGGGCUACAUAUGAAGGAAGAGGAUAGUAGAGGGAUACAUAUGAAGGAAGAGGAUAGUAGAGGGCUAAAUAUGAAGGAAGAGGAUAAUAGAGGGAUACAUAUGAAGGAAGAAGAUAGUAGAGGGCUACAUAUGAAGGAAGAGGAUAGUAGAGGGCUAAAUAUGAAGGAAGAGGAUAGUAGAGGGCUACAUAUGAAGGAAGAGGAUAAUAGAGGGCUACAUAUGAAGGAAGAGGAUAAUAGAGGGCUAAAUAUGAAGGAAGAGGAUAGUAGAGGGAUACAUAUGAAGGAAGAGGAUAGUAGAGGGAUACAUAUGAAGGAAGAGGAUAGUAGAGGGCUACAUAUGAAGGAAGAGGAUAGUAGAGGGCUAAAUAUGAAGGAAGAGGAUAGUAGAGGGAUACAUAUGAAGGAAGAGGAUAAUAGAGGGCUACAUAUGAAGGAAGAGGAUAAUAGAGGGCUACAUAUGAAGGAAGAGGAUAGUAGAGGGAUACAUAUGAAGGAAGAGGAUAGUAGAGGGCUACAUAUGAAGGAAGAGGAUAGUAGAGGGCUAAAUAUGAAGGAAGAGGAUAGUAGAGGGAUACAUAUGAAGGAAGAAGAUAGUAGAGGGCUACAUAUGAAGGAAGAGGAUAGUAGAGGGCUAAAUAUUAAGGAAGAGGAUAGUAGAGGGAUACAUAUGAAGGAAGAGGAUAGUAGAGGGCUACAUAUGAAGGAAGAGGAUAAUAGAGGGCUAAAUAUGAAGGAAGAGGAUAGUAGAGGGAUACAUAUGAAGGAAGAAGAUAGUAGAGGGCUACAUAUGAAGGUAGAGCAUAGUAGAGGGAUACAUAUGAAGGAAGAGGAUAGUAGAGGGCUACAUAUGAAGGAAGAGGAAAAUAGAGGGCUACAUAUGAAGGAAGAGGAUAGUAGAGGGCUACAUAUGAAGGAAGAGGAUAGUAGAGGGCUACAUAUGAAGGAAGAGGAAAAUAGAGGGCUACAUAUGAAGAAAGAGGAAAAUAGAGGGCUACAUAUGAAGGAAGAGGAUAGUAGAGGGCUAAAUAUGAAGGAAGAGGAUAGUAGAGGGCUACAUAUGAAGGAAGAGGAUAAUAGAGGGCUACAUAUGAAGGAAGAGUAUAGUAGAGGGCUACAUAUGAAGGAAGAGUAUAGUAGAGGGCUAAAUAUGAAGGAAGAGGAUAGUAUUGGGCUACAUUUGAAGGAAGAGGAUAGUAGAGGGCUACAUUUGAAGGAAGAGGAUAGUAGAGGCUACAUAUGAAGGAAGAGGAAAAUAGAGGGCUACAUAUGAAGGAAGAGGAAAAUAGAGGGCUACAUAUGAAGGAAUAGGAUAAUAGAGGGCUACAUAUGAAGGUAGAGGAUAGUAGAGGGAUACAUAUGAAGGAAGAGGAUAGUAGAGGGAUAAAUAUGAAGGAAGAAGAUAGUAGAGGGCUACAUAUGAAGGUAGAGGAUAGUAGAGGGAUACAUAUGAAGGAAGAGGAUAAUAGAGGGCUACAUAUGAAGGAAGAGGAUAGUAUCGGGCUACAUUUGAAGGAAGAGGAUAGUAGAGGGCUACAUUUGAAGGAAGAGGAUAGUAGAGGCUACAUAUGAAGGAAGAGGAUAAUAGAGGGCUACAUAUGAAGGAAGAGGAUAGUAGAGGGAUGCAUAUGAAGGAAGAGGAUAGUAGAGGGAUACAUAUGAAGGAAGAGGAUAGUAGAGGGAUACAUAUGUAGGAAGAGGAUAGUAGAGGGAUACAUAUGAAGGAAGAGGAUAGUAGAGGGAUACAUAUGAAGGAAGAGGAUAGUAGAGGGAUACAUAUGAAGGAAGAGGAUAGUAGCAGGCUGCAUUUGAAGGAAGAGGAUAGUAGAGGGCUACAUAUGAAGGAAGAGGAUAGUAGAGGGCUACAUAUGAAGGAAGAGGAUAGUAGAGGGAUACAUAUUUAGGAAGAGGAUAGUAGAGGGCUACAUAUGAAGGAAGAGUAACUAGAAGACCACAGUUAUGAGGAAAGAGAGAGAGCUUCCAAAAAGCAAUCGGUAGUUCUUGGGAACAGGGCGUGAAGUGUUUAGGUCCGUAUAUGCUACCCUUAUUGGAACUGUCAAUGUCCACGUAAAUCAGUGGCCUUAUACAGUGCCUUGCAAAAGUAUUCAUCCCCCUUGGCGUUUUUCCUAUUUUGUUGCAUUACAACCUGUAAUUUAAAUUCAUUUUUAUUUGAUUUAAUGUAAUGGACAUACACAAAAUAGUCCAAAUUGGGGAAGUGAAAUUAAAAUAAUUCUAACAAAUAACAGAAAAGUGAUGCGUGCAUAUGUAUUCACCCCCUUUGCUAUGAAGCCUUCAUAUAUAGCCUCUACUAUCUCUUCCUUCAUAUGUAGCCCUCUACUAUCCUCUUCCUUCAUAUGUAGCCCUCUACUAUCCUCUUCCUUCACACUUUAAGCCAUACACUCCACAGAGUUGCGCUUUACGGAAGAGUGGCCAGAAAAAAGCCAUUGCUUAUAGAAAAAAAUAAGCAAACACGUUUGGUGUUCACCAAAAGCAAUGUGGUCAGAUGAGUCUAAAAUUUAGCUUUUGGGCCGGGGUGAGUCUUACCGUCCGUGAGGAACGGCUGGGACAGGAUUGCUCCCACCGCAAUGUCUGAAGCAUCCACCUCCACAAUGAAUGGUAGGGACGGAUCAGGAUGCCCUUGGACCGGGGCCGAUGUAAAGUGCUGCUUAAGCGCAUCGAAUGCGUUCCCCGCUUCAGGGGUCCAGGCGAAUGAGCACACGCUCGUCUGGGUGAGGGCUGUCAGGGGACCGGCUAGGGAGCUACAAUUGCGAAUAAAUCGGCUAUAAAAAUUAGCGAACCCUAAAAACCGUUGUAGUUGCUUGAGGGAGGAGGGCUGGGGCCAAUCCAGUACCGUGCUGACCUUUGCUGGGUCCCUCCGUAGGUCCCCCUGGGUGACGAUGAACCCCAGGAAGGAGACUGUCUCCGUGUGGAACACGCACUUCUCCUCCUUGACGUAGAGAGGGUGAUGGAGAAGGCGUUGGAGGACCUGCCUAACGUGCUGCUGGUGUUCACUCAUGUUCUUUGAAAAUUUUAGGAUGUGUUCCAAAUACACGAAGACGCUGUGGUCGAGGAGGUCCUGGAGUACGUCAUUGACCAACGCCUGGAACACCGCAGGUGCGUUGGCUAGACCGAACGGCAGGACUUGGUACUCGUAAUGCCCACUGGGUGUGUUAAAAAGCCGUCUUCCACUCGUCCCCCUCCCGAAUCCUCACCAGGUUUUAGGCAUUUUGUAAGUCCAGCCUGGUGAAGAUCCGGGCUCAUCAGGGGGAGUGGGAAGCAGUUCUUAACUGUGAUGUUGUUGAGCGCCCUGUAAUCAACGGCCGUUGCCCACUGUCCUUUUUCCCCACGAAGAAAAGCCUGCGCCCGCGGGUGAGGUAGAUGGGCAGAUGUGAUCCUCGACGAGUGCCUCGUCGAUAUACUCCCUCAUGGCCAGCGUCUCCGGCCCGGGACAAGGAAAAAAAUCGCCCUCGUGUUGGCAUGGUGCCCGGCAGGAGAUCAAUAGCGCAGUCGUAUGGCCUGUGAGGAGGUAGACCCUUGGCACGCCUCUUACUAAACACCUCCCCUGGAUAUCCUCCCAUAGCCCCCCUGCCACCCGGACACGCACGGGGACAGUGCGCCGGGUGAUGAAGCCCGACCCCAAUGGCCGGCCGUCCAGGCCCAUGACCGGAACCGGCUCGGAGAGGGAGAGUAACGGAACGGUCCACCCUUGGGCCAGCCCCGCAUCCAUCAGGUUUCCCGUGGCCACCAAAAUCCACCAGUGCAUGCGCCCAACGCGCAGAGUGGGCCCACUGAACCCUGACGGGGAGAAAAGUCAGGGAGUCUCUCGAUUUGGGGUUUCGGUUCCAGCUUGCUAGCACCGCUCCCGAUACUAGCAAGCCCUCCCGUUUCCCGGCUUCUCAGGGCAUGAGUCGCAGUGGUGACAUGCCUGGCCGCAGUACAGGCAACGUCCCUGGCGCAGACGCCUCUGCCUCUCCAUCCUGGACAAGCGAGCCGCACCCAGCUGCAUAGCCUCCUCCUGAGGUGUCUCCUCCCUGAAUCGGCGGAAAGCCUCCGGGCUGAUAGGGGGACGCGGAGGCGCACCUUGCGUCAUCCCGCUCUCGUGCGCCCUCUCACGAUGCCGAUUGUUUACCCGCACUGAGAGGUUGACGAGGCUGUCCAGUUGCUCAGGCAGCUCCCUGAAGGAGAGUUCGUCCUUCAUCCCCUCCGAUAGCCCCUGAGUGUAAAGGACGACCAGGGCGGCCUCCUCCCAUCCUGCCUCUUGAGCCCGGGUCCGGAACUCCACGGAGUAGUCCGCCACUGAGCGAUCACCCUGCCGACAGGCCGUGAGCCACCUCCCAGCCUCGUGCCCCGACACCACCCGAGAGGUGUCGAACACCUUGCGUAUCUCCCGGGUGAAUUGGUAGGAGUCGGCUCUCUCACUCCGCUUUAGCCCAGGAAAGAGCCCGACCCGUCAAUAGAGUGAUGAUGUAGGCCACCCGGCCCUGCUCUGUCGGGAAGGAGGAGGGUUGUAGGCUGAAUACAAGGGCACACUGGGUGAGGAAUUCCCUGCAGCCCUCUGGACGUCUGUCAUCCCUAUCCGGAGGUGGUAGGCGGCAUUCCCACGAUGUCACAGGCGAGACUGGAGACGCCGCUGCGGCUUCCGCUCCCACGCCAGCUGCCGGGGCUGGUCGGGUAUCCACCCGGCUCUGCACGGCGAUCGUCAGCUGGCGGAGAUUCUCUGUGAUCUGCUGCAGGCUGCGGUCGUGUUGGUUCAUUACAGCCCCCUGCGUUGCCAAUGCGCUCUGAUACUGUGCUGCCUCCGCUGGGUCCAUAGUUGCUCCGUUUUCUGUAAGGGUUGGUGUGAGGUGUGACCCAGGUGCGGUGCAGGAUAGACAGUAGGCAGUAGGCAAGGAUGGUGAAACAGGGAUCUUUACUGGUGGUCCCGAAGCCAGGAUACAAAACAACGGACUUAACACGAUAAAAGAAAGGUGGAGCAAAUAUGUCUCCAAAAACAGGCCGACAUCCAAAAUACGAAAUAGUAACUAUGACUGAAAUAAUAAAGAAACAGGGAGAACACUUCUCGAGUACCUGUACAUACUUCUCCGAUCAGACACUGAUUAGUGCUGCUGAGCAUAGAGAAACUAGCAGAGAAAACUGAGCAAGGGAACACAGGGAAGUGAGGGCAUAAAUACACAGGUGAACAGGUAGACACAGGUGACACCAAUAGGAUGAUGAUUAGUCCAGACUGUGAGUGAGGAGGUGCCUGAGGUUGUCGGAGGAUGACACCUAGUGGAACGCUCUGGAACUGCGACCCCCUCCUGUAACAGGUGUUAUGCAAUUUCCUCUCUAAUACUGUAAGUAACCUUCCUCCUCUGUCUCAUUCUCUCUCUCUCUCUCUCUCUCUCUCUCUCUCUCUCUCUCUCUCUCUCUCUCUCUCUCUCAAGUACACAGCACACAUGCACGUUCUCUGACAGGGGUGAUGUCAACGAGGUGGGCCGAGUUGUUUGGUCCAGGCACUUCCCCAAAAGCUGCCAAUUGACAAACGGACAGCUGACCUCCAUUGGAGGAUCAAACAUGGGGCGAUAGACACCAAUAGAAAUUUGGUGCACCUAGAUCCAAGCUAUUUGGAGGGUUGUCUGUUGAGUCGUUAGUUCAUCUCUUCAUACAGUGUCCCUGACAGUUAAGGAUGUUUACCCUGCUAACCAGCUGGGGGAGGUUUUCUCUUCCAGGCUGUUCAUCCUAGGACCAAAGUACAGUUUCAGGCACAGGGGCUUGGUAGUCCUGCUACAUUUUCUGUCAGAAGUAGCCAAGCUAGCCAUCUGGAAGACAAGAAAUAACUGUAUGGACAGGGGUCUGUGGAUGUGGUGGCCAUGCUCAAGGGGUUAGUGGCAACAAGACUGAAGGUGGAGUUUUCCUACUACAGAUUGGUGGGGAACCUUUUCAUCCAUACAGUCAUAUGAAAAAGUUUGGGCACCACUCUGAGGCUGCAUAAUAAUUUACUCUGUCAUCACAGAAAAUGAUCACAGUGGCAUGCCAUUCAUUUUCUAACAAAAGCUGAGUACUGGGGUAUUGUCCAGACAAAGAUUUUUAAUAUCGCAAUAUUAAUUUGUAUGAAAUUAAAUCAGAUGUGAAAAAUAGGCUAUGCAAAUAUGUGGGCACCCUUGUCAUUCUGUUGAUCUGAAUACCUGUAACUACUUAGCACUGAUUAAUUGGAACACACAAUUGGUUUGGUGAGCUCAUUAAGCCUUGAACUUCAUAGACAAGUGCAUCCAAUCAUGAGAAAAGGUAUUUAAGGUGGCCAAUUGCAAGUUGUUGUUCUCUUUGACUCUCCUCUGAAGAGUGGAAACAUGGGGGCCUCAAAACAACUCUCAAAUGACCUGAAAACAAAGAUUGUUCAACAUUAUGGUUUAGGGGAAGGCUACAAAAAGCUAUUGCAGAGAUGUAAGCUGUCAGUGUCCACUGUGAGGAACAUAGUGAGGAAAUGGAAGACCACAGGCACAGUUCUUGUUAAGGCCAGAAGUGGCAGGCCAAGUAAAAUAUCGGAGAGGCAAAGGCGAAGGAUGGUGAGAACGGUCAAAUACAGCCCACAGACCACCUCCAAAGACCUACAACAUCAUCUUGCUGCAGAUGGUGUCACUGUGCAUCGUUCAAAAAUUCAGGACGUGAGAGUGAUGCGGAAGAAGCCUUUUUCUGCACACAUGCCACAAACAGAGUCGCUUGAGGUACGCAAACGCACAUUUGGACAAGCCAGCUUCAUUUUGGAAUAAGGUGCUGUGGACUGAUGAAACAAAGAUUGAGUUAUUUAGUCAUAACAAGGGGCGUUAUGCAUGGCGGCAAAAGAACACAUCGUUCCAAGAAAAACACUUGCUACCCACAGUCAAAUUUGGUGGGGGUUCCAUCAUGCUGUGGGGCUGUGUGGCCAGUGCCGGUACUGGGAAUCUUGUUAAAGUUGAGGGUCGCAUGGAUUCCACUCAAUAUCAGCAGAUUCUUGGGAAUAAUGUUGAAGAAUCAGUCACAAAGUUGAAGUUAUGCCGGGGCUGGAUAUUUCAACAAGACAACGACCCAAAACACUGCUCAAAAUCUACCCAGGCAUUUAUGCAGAGGAACAAGUACAAUGUUCUGGAAUGGCCAUCCCAGUCCCCAGACCUGAAUAUCAUUGAGAAUCUGUUGGAUGAUUUGAAGCGGCCUGUCCAUGCUCGGCAACCAUCAAACCUAACUGAAGUGGAGAUGUUUUGUAAGGAGGUAUGGUCCAAAAUACCUUCAUCCAGAAUCCAGACACUCAUUAGAGGCUAUAGGAAGCAUCUAGAGGCUGUUAUUUUAGCAAAAGGAGGCUCUACUAAAUAUUGAUGUGAUUUUUCUGUUGGGGUACCCAAAUUUAUGCACCCGUCUAAUUUCGUUUUGAUCCAUAUUGCACAUUUUCUGUUAAUCCAAUAAACCUAAUUUCACUACUGAAAUAUUACUGUGUCCAUCAGUUAUUUGAUAGAUCAAAAUGAAAUUGCUGAUCCAAACACCCAAUUAUUUAUAAAUGGAAAUCAUGGAAAUUGUCAGGGGUGCCCAAACUUUUUCAUACGACUGUACAUGGGGCCUUCAGGGGGCGUUGUGCUCUGUUGACGAAGAAGGGGAUCUGGAGUUGUCCUUUUAAAACCCUCUCAAAUUUCAGUUGUUUUCUUACAGGCUGUACACAUGAGCACGGUGGUGCAUGAUUCCUGAGGUUGAAUGUUCAUGUACUGUAGGGUCUUGACCCAAUAAAGGGGAUUUUAAAAUUAUCUCUCUCUCUCUCUCUCUGCCUCUCUCUCUGCCCCUCUUUCCCUCUCUCUCUCUCUCUCUCUCUCUCUCUCUCUCUCUCUCUCUCUCUCUCUCUCUCUCUCUGCCUUUCUCUCUCUCUCUCUCUCUCUCUCUCUGCCCCUCUUUCUCUCUCUCUGCCUCUCUCUCUGCCUCUCUCUCUCUCUCUUUCUCUCUCUCAGUUUGUGGUACCUGAAUGGGAACUACCUGGUGAUCAUGGUCUCCAUUAGCGUCAUCCUUCCUCUGGCCCUGAUGAAGCAGCUGGGUGAGUUGCACCUCUUCUUCUCCCUUCUAACCUCUUUGUUUUCCUGCAAAAUAACAACAAGCUUGUAUGUGACACCAACCACGUAAUAACCCUGGGUUGUCCACAACACACAACUGAAUACUGUGUUAGCUAACUGAGCUAAAGGCCAGCCGUUAGGCUCUGGGAGCUAACAUGAAUCUUCAGGUCUCAGGCAAGGCUAGUCAUCAAUAGUGUAGUUCACUGAACCACCUCCACUACAUAAGGACACAUGCACAGCUGUCCUACUGGGCCAAGUCUUAUGAAAGCCUCAGCCAGCUUUACAUUAGGUUAUAACAGCAACAUGUGGUUAGAUGUGAGAGCUACACUCCAGUAAAGCAAGGUGGAGGUGGAGAAAUACCACGGGGUGUAAUACACUCCAGUAAAGCAAGGUGGAGGUGGAGAAAUACCACGGGGUGUAAUACACUCCAGUAAAGCAAGGUGGAGGUGGAGGAAUACCACGGGGUGUAAUAAGGCUCCCAUUGCAGUGUGGAGGUCCUGACAGCAUUGACAAUUCUCCUGGGUCACACAGCAGCCAAUCAGACCCUCACACCGCUCCCACUCUCCUGGCCCGGUAUUGGUGCUGCCAUGGAAACGGCAGGGACCCAAUUAGCCUCCUAUGUCUCCAUGGAGCCCAGAAACACGGAGUUGUAGACGACCAAGACAACACUAACACAGAUAAGACGCUGCAUGGUUGUGCGGUUACACACACACACACACACACACACAGUGCAACACAAUGUGUGUGUUGCACUGGCAAUCAUGGUUGCUCCACGCACCUGCAGCACACUGAUUAAGUUUUAAGAAAUUAUGCGCAGCAAUCACCUCCUUUCACUGGCACUCAUGUCCAUGUUAAAGGCAUGUAAUUGGAGGUGGUCUUUCGACCAUUAGUAGCCUACAUCUAGUGUGACCACCAAACUCUUUUAUAUAACACUGUAGAAAACCUCCCUGUAAAUUCCAACUCCAGGAAUCAGUAGAUUUAAAUAGCUCACAAUUCUAUUCCAUUAUUUCUAAUAUGUUGUUGUUUUGUGCUCUACAGGCUACCUGGGCUAUACCAGUGGUUUCUCCCUUAGCUGCAUGGUCUUCUUCCUCAGUGCGGUACGUUUGUUUCUUCUCCCUCCUUCCUCUUCCUCUCCUUCCUCUCCCUCCUCUCUCCUUCCCCUCCCUCCUCUCCCUCCUUUUCUUCCUCUCCCUCCUCUCUCCUUCCUCUCCCUCCUCUCCCUCUUCUUCCUCUCCCUCCUCUCUCCUUCCUCUCCCUCCUCUUCUUCCUCUCCCUCCUCUCCCUCCUCUCCCUCCUCUUCCUCCUCUUCUUCCUCUCCCUCCUCUCCCUCCUCUUCUUCCUCUCCCUCCUCUCCCUCCUCUUCUUCCUCUCCCUCCUCUUCUUCCUCUCCCUCCUCUCCCUCCUCUUCUUCCUCUCCCUCCUCUCCCUCCUCUCCUUCCUCUCCCUCCUCUUCUUCUUCUCCCUCCUUCCUCUUCCUCUCCUUCCUCUCCCUCCUCUCUCCCUCCUCUCCCUCCUCUCCCUCCUCUCCCUCCUCUCCCUCCUCUUCUUCCUCUCCCUCCUCUCCCUCCUCUUCUUCCUCUCCCUCCUCUCCUUCCUCUCCCUCCUCUUCUUCCUCUCCCUCCUCUUCUUCCUCUCCCUCCUCUCUCCUUCCUCUUCCUCCUCUCCUUCCUCUCUCAUACCUCCCCUCCUCCCAUCCUCCCCUGUCUCUAUUUCCAGGGGGAUUUCAUAUUUGGGGAUGGUUUGAUUGGAUGGCAGUAAUAUAUAUCAAAGGGAUGGUUUGAUUUGAUGGCAGUAAUAUAUAUCAGAGGGAUGGUUUGAUUUGAUGGCAGUAAUAUAUAUCAGAGGGAUGGUUUGAUUGGAUGGCAGUAAUAUAUAUCAGAGGGAUGGUUUGAUUGGAUGGCAGUAAUAUAUAUCAGAGGGAUGGUUUGAUUGGAUGGCAGUAAUAUAUAUCAGAGGGAUGGUUUGAUUGGAUGGCAGUAAUAUAUAUCAGAGGGAUGGUUUGAUUGGAUGGCAGUAAUAAUAAUAUAAGAGCAGCUAAACACAUCAAAGGGAAAGAGUGGGACCAAAGUCUUCAGAGACUGACUCACUCUAAUCUACUGUGAAAGGGCUUUUCUGAGCUCCAUAAUACUCCCUCUCCUCCCCUCCUUCCUCCCUCAUCCUUCCUUCAUCUCUCAUACUGAUGUCUAUUCCCUGUGUGUGUAUAUGACCUGUUGCUGUGUUGUUUGAUGUGUAUCUUACCUCACUCCUCCUCCUCCCCCUCCUCUUCCAACUCCCUCCCUCUAUCUCUCCUCCCCCUUCAUUCUCCUUCUCGCCCUUCUUCUCCUCCUCUUCUCUCUCUCCCUCUAUCCAUCCUCCUCCUCCUCCUCUCUCUCUCCCCUAUCUCUCCUCUCCCUCCUCCUCUUCUCUCUCUCAUCUCCCUCUCUCCCUCCUCCCCCUCCUCCUCUCUCUCUCCAUCCUCCACCUCUUCCUCUCUCUCUCCUCCUCUCUCUCCUCUCCCUCUCUCCCUCCUCAACCUCAACCUCCUCCUCUCUCUCCCUCUAACCCUCCUCCUCUCUCUCCCGCCCUCCUCCACCUCCUCCCCUCUCUCUCCCUCCUCCUCUCUCCCCCUGCAGGUGAUCUAUAAGAAGUUCCAGAUCCCCUGUCCGUUUGAGGAGUUCUUUGCAGCCAAUCACACAGUGUCUCACCUGAACGUCACUGAUAACCACGCUCUCCAUGAUAACAGUCUGGUACAGGAGGUGGAUGACUCCCACUGUGGUGCAAAAAUGUUCACCAUGAACUCUCAGGUACAGUAAACCAGACUAUAGGCCAAAUGUUCACCAUGAACUCUCAGGUACAGUAAACCAGACUAUAGGCCCUGGUCAAAAGUAGUGCACUAAAUAGAGUCUAAAACUCCAUAACCCUCGUUCACUUUGCUCACCUAUGUACUGCAAAGGUGCAGGCCAUGCAAGUCUUGUAGAUGAGUAGUCCCUCUGAGGCUGGUCAAUGGUAACACAAGGUGUUUGUGUGUUUCAUUCACAGACAGCGUACACCAUCCCCAUCCUGGCCUUUGCCUUUGUGUGCCAUCCUGAGGUCCUGCCUAUCUACACUGAGCUCCGCAAGUGAGUGUGCCUGCCCUACCCAAACCUGCUCCGUCUGUCUCCCCACAGUGCCUCCCUAGUGUCAGCACUAAACCUCUGUUCAUAGGUUCCUACAUGCAUAUAGUUUACAGUGCAUUCGGAAAGUAUUCAGACCCCUUGACUUUGUCCACAUUUUGUUACGUUACAGCCUUAUUCUAAAAUUGAUUAAAUAAAAAACGUUCUUCAUCAAUCUACACUCAAUAACCCAUAAUGACAAAGCAAAAACAGGUUUUUAGAAUUUAUUAAAAAUAAACAACAGAAUUACCUUAUUUACAUGAGUAUUCAGACCCUUUGCUAUGAGACUUGAAAUUCAGCUCAGGUGCAUACUAUUUCCAUUGAUCAUCCUUGAGAUGUUUCUACAACUUGAUUGGAGUCCACUUGCGUUAAAUUCAAUUGAUUGGACAUGAUUUGGAAAGGCACACACCUGUCUAUAUAAGGGGUCUGUGCCAUUUACUUUGAACUGGACUGUGUUUAUAGCUGUGGUUGUGAGUAGAUGUGCUUGUUUUGAGAUCAAAACAAGAGCUGCAUGUAGCCACGUGCACAUUUUGUUCAUAUUCUUUGCUAGUUAGUUAGUUAUUAGCCCAGUUAUAGAUAAUUUGUAGUCAGCAAUAGGGGAGUGAUUGCUUCCUACAAGAGCACAAAACAUGUACAUUUCUAGAAAUCUUUGAAAAGCUGGUCAGGUAAAGUGCUUUUUUUUUGUCUUAAAGGGGCAGUGUUGUAUUUUGAGACAGGCUUGAAAAUGCUAAAUAGCCAAUAGGCAGGGGGUAGAAUAAUUUGUCUGAUUCUCUGUAAUAAUGGUAUGGGAAUAGUAAAGCAUUUUAUUUUGUAAAGUGGUUUCUUGCAUCAAACGACACAACAACAUUUUCAAUCACCUCCUUAUCUGAAGGACAAUUGGAUAAAAAGGCUAAUGUCAAGCCCUGCAAGUCUAAUGGAAUGUAGGCCUACAUUGAACACCACACAUUGGCUGCCACUGUAGGCUGAAUGAUAGAACAGCUAUUUACAUGUUAAAAUGUUAUGGGAUGCAUUUUCUCCAUAGUUUUUUAUGGUAGGCCACUCUGAUAGGCCUACAUUAUGAUCAAAUAGCCACAGUAACCUACAUGGCCACUGUUAAAACUGUAACUUAAAGCAGGUACAGCCUCAGUGUUCACAGUAAACGCUCGCUGGAAGUUGCACAGAACUUUCACAACGUUGAAGUUUGCGCUCAGAAGACCUGAAAUCUGCUCAGUGCCUCAUUUUUUGGGGGGGAACAUUGCUCUUACUCUAACCCACUGAGCCAUUGGAUUGGAACUACAAGAUUCUCCUGUCAGUGUUGGCUGUUAACGUGUGUGUGUGUGUGUGUGUGUGUGUGUGUGUGUGUGUGUGUGUGUGUGUGUGUGAUCCAGCCCUUCUCAGAGGAGGAUGCAGCACGUCUCCAACCUCUCCAUCCUGGUGAUGUACACCAUGUACUUCCUGGCUGCUCUCUUCGGCUACCUGACCUUUUACGGUGAGCACCUCCUCUUCACCACUUCAACCCCUGCCCUUUCCUCAGGGUGAAAUAUACCGUAGUCAUGAUUAUGUGUGCCGUAGCCUCGGAAGCCCAGGCUUCUCACGUUAAGUUGGAAAGCCUGGGGAGGUUCUCCUCAGAAAGUAGUCUCACGUGGGUGGAGUUAAGUAGAGUCUAGGUGGAAACUAGUGACGCAUUGCCAGUUCUCCAACCAAUCAAGUAUUUUGCAUGGGUGGAGUUUUAAAAAAUACAUUGUGUUUCUAAAUAAUUUUCUGACUUGCAACAAGCUAGCAUAAGAUACAAAACAAAUGUCUCAUAGGCCACAACACUAUAUUUGCAAUAAUGUACAGUUUAAACAUAAACAUAAUAUCCAUAUUGGAUUCUCCUCUGUGCCCUCCUGAACAUUUGCAAUGUUAUUGAACAGUUGUAAUGUCAACAUUUUUUAUAAAGGAAAUUAUUAUAAUGAAUUAUUUAUUGCCGAAACACUUGUUUGCAGUAAUUGCGUUUCUUCAGGGUUUUGGAAAUAGGAGCAUAACUCCCCCUUGUGGUCAUUAUUGAAUACUACACACUGUAAUGCUGUUAUAUCUUGAGACACAUGUUGUUUUUAUGUCUUUCAAUGAGGAACAGCAGACAUCAAUGUCUGAGUCAACAUAAGUAAGGCUUAGUUUGGAGUACAAUAAUGUACCUCUUGAUGUUACCCACGAUGUUACACCUAAUGUCACGCUGAUGUUGCCCUGAUGUUACCCCCUGAUGUUACCCUGAUGUUACCCUGAUGUUGCCCUGAUGUUACCCUGAUGUUGCCCUGAUGUUACCCUGAUGUUGCCCUGAUGUUACCCCUGAUGUUACACCCUGAUGUUGCCCUGAUGUUACCCUGAUGUUACCCCCUGAUGUUACCCUGAUGUUGCCCUGAUGUUACCCCCUGAUGUUACCCCCUGAAGUUACCCCUGAUGUCACGCUGAUGUUGCCCUGAUGUUACCCCCUGAUGUUACCCUGAUGUUACCCUGAUGUUGCCCUGAUGUUACCCCCUGAUGUUACCCUGAUGUUGCCCUGAUGUUACCCCCUGAUGUUACCCUGAUGUUACCCAUGAUGUUACCCCCUGAUGUUACACCCUGAUGUUGCCCUGAUGUUACCCCCUGAUGUUACCCUGAUGUUACCCAUGAUGUUACCCCCUGAUGUUACACCCUGAUGUUGCCCUGAUGUUACCCCCUGAUGUUACCCUGAUGUUACCCUGAUGUUGCCCUGAUGUUACCCCCUGAUGUUACACCCUGAUGUUGCCCUGAUGUUACCCCCUGAUGUUACCCUGAUGUUACCCUGAUGUUACCCUGAUGUUGCCCUGAUGUUACCCAUGAUGUUACACCUAAUGUCACGCUGAUGUUGCCCUGAUGUUACCCCCUGAUGUUACCCUGAUGUUACCCUGAUGUUGCCCUGAUGUUACCCCCUGAUGUUACCCUGAUGUUGCCCUGAUGUUGCCCUGAUGUUACCCCCUGAUGUUACACCCUGAUGUUACCCCCUGAUAUUACCCCUGAUGUCACCCUGAUGUUACCCCUGAUGUUACCCCCUGAUGUUACCCCCUGAAGUUACCCCUGAUGUCACCCUGAUGUUUCCCAUGAUGUCACCCUGAUUUUACCCUGAUUUUACCCUGAUGUCACCCUGAUGUUAACCCCUGACGUUACCCUGAUUUUACCCUGACAGGUAAAACUGAACCAGAGCUGCUACACACAUACAGCAGGAUCGACCCUUAUGACACGCUGAUCCUGUGUGUGCGAUUGGCUGUCCUCACCGCUGUCACACUGACCGUCCCCAUCGUGCUCUUCCCAGUAAGUUACCGCCACCCCCUCCCCUUCUCCACUAUAGCCUCUUCCCUCUUCUGAAAGACAUAGAGAACUGGCCAUUGGGGUUGGAUUGGUGUGGCGUCUGGGGGCUCCGUGGGUGGCUUUUGACCAUUUAUUUGAAUGUCUUAAUCUGAAAUGGUGGGUGUCAUGGCUUGCUGAAUUAAGACGCUAAUUUGAAGAGGAAUGGCCCUGUUGUUUCUGACAGUAACUCACUGAUUCCUUCACUCUGCAUCUUUCCCUCCUUAUCUCUCUCUCUCUUUCCCUCUCUCUUUCCCUCUCUCUCUCUCUCUCUCUCUCUCUCUCUCUCUCUCUCUCUCUCUCUUUCUCUCUCUCUCUUUCUCUCUCUCUCUUUCUCUCUCUCUCUCUCUCUCUCUCUCUCUCUCUCUCUCUCUCUCUCUCUCUCUCUCCUCAGGUGCGCAGGGCCUUGAACCAGAUGUUUUUCUCCAGUAAAUCGUUUAACUGGGUUCGUCACGUGGCCAUUGCCAUUACCCUGCUCUCCUUAAUCAACAUGCUGGUCAUCUUCGCCCCCAACAUCCUGGGAAUCUUCGGCAUCAUCGGUUAGUUGCACAGAUUAAACCUAGUCGUGGAUUAAGAAGUACAGAUUAAAUUUAGUCCUGGAUUAAGAAACACAGAUUAAACCUAGUCCUGGACAAAGAAACACAGAUUAAACCUAGUCCUGGACUAAGAAACACACAUUAAACCUAGUCCUGGAUUAAAAAGUACAGAUUAAACCUAGUCCUGGACUAAAAAGUACAGAUUAAACCUAGUCCUGGACUAAAAAGUACAGAUUAAACCUAGUCCUGGACUAAAAAGUACAGAUUAAACCUAGUCCUGGAUUAAGAAGCGCUUUCAAUGACGAUUCUCCACUGAAAGUGCUUUUUAGUCCAGGAACAGAAACCGGCCCUUUAAAUUGACAUACUUUACCUGACCUAGCCAGAAAUAUUUUAUAUGUAGAAGUUGCUGUAGUCUGGGAUGUUUUGCAUGGUUAGAAGUGUGGUUAUGUACCUGUAAUUCUUGAUUGAUAUGUACACCUAUGACUUCUACUUCUCUCACUUCUGUACUUUCUCUUUUGCUCCAAACGGAGUGAGUGGUUUUGACAUAGCAGUGGCUCUCUGUUUUGAUAAUGUCUCCACUGUGUCAGCGGCCCAGCGCUUAUUGGCUCAAUGAUAAACACAUGACCUGAGUCAAUAUUUUUUUUUAAAUCUCUUUCCUUUGAAUGGACUACAUGUUUCAUUUUAUGGAGGUCAAAGUCAAGGAGGUUAAAGGUCAUGGACCAAGCCACAGCACCAAUCAUCACCCACAUCCACUAAAAUAGGAAAAUCUGACAGUGUUUGUGAAUGUUGGCCUUGGCCCAUAUUCUGGUUUUGGACAGUUUGUUUGUGUGUUCUACCAAAUGUCCUGUGUAACAUGAUCUGUAGCCCUGACCUUCAUCCAUCCUCCUCUUCCUCCCUCCUCCUCUUCCUCCUACAGGUGCCACAUCCGCCCCCUGUCUCAUCUUUAUCUUCCCUGCUGUCUUCUACAUCCGCAUCGUGCCUAAGGAGCAGGAGCCCAUGCUCUCCACCCCCAAGAUACUGGUGAGCACAUAUCUCAUCCUCUCCAUGAUAAUUGUAAUAUCCUCAUAUCUUGAUUUGAUCUAUGUAGGAGUCUUCAUCAUUACUGUUAUUGUGUGUUAUGGUUAGAGUAUGGUUCUUGUUACCAUAUAAAAUAAAAACAUUCUAAUGAUGGUGUUUCCUCUGUCUUCCCAGGCUGCCUGUUUCGCUGGUCUGGGCGUCGCCUUCAUGACCAUGAGUUCGAGUUUCAUCAUCAUUGAUUGGACAACAGGGAGCAGCAACUCUGGCGGUGGCCACUAG